ACCAGGAGAGAGAGAGCAAGAGAGAGAGAGAGAGAGAGAGAGAGAGAGAGAGAGAGAGAGAGAGAGAGAGAGAGAGAGAGAGAGAGAGAGAGAGUGGCACCAUGACAGCGAUGCAUCUGAAGGCACUGACGGUUGUGCUAAUGGUGGUGGCACUCCCGACCAUACAGAGCUGCUCGGCGCCUUUCAAGCUUCUGGCCAACAGGUGGUGCGUGGCGGCCAUGAUCGGCAGCGGAAAUUCGAGUCUUCAUUCAUGGGAGCCAGCGAGGAAGGAUUGUCAGAGUCACGGCGGAGACUUAAUCAUUCUGGAGGAUCACGACAAGAUGCGAGCCGUCUCUGAUUACCUAGACGCCAUUGAUGAAUUCCAAUUGAAGUAUCCGUGCUGGGUGGGCGGCAGAACAGUCUCAGGCGUGUGGCAGUGGGUUGACGGGAGCGAGAUGAACCUCCAGUCCCACCUGUGGGGGCCAGAGCAACCGGAUAACAACCCAAACCAAGAAGAAUACGCCUUACUGGUCAUGUUUGAAGACAAGCGCCGCCUGGUAGGUACUACAGCUACCCUUGUACAAGGCCACUUGUGCGAGAAAUAGACGGAGGAGGAAGUACUGGGAAAACAAGAUGACUCCUAUACCAGCUAAGGAUUCCCCUCUCAUUCGUUUAGGGAUCAGCACCUCAUUGGACCAUUUUUUUCUAUAAUUUUGUUGUCUUCGGCCUUUUAUUCAUCUUACAUAAUAAAAAGGACAUAAUGGUCAGUUUUGAGUGACAAGAUAGAAAAAUAUGGAAGUUAUAAGCUGAAUGAGUUUGAAUGAAGAAAAAGAAAGGAAGGAAAGGAGGAAAAAAGAAUUAUAAGAGAAUAUUCUAAGCAGUAAGAUUCGAUACUGUGUUUCGAGAAGUAAACAGAGACAUUACAACAAAAAAAAA